AUAUUGACUUGUCAUUCUGUCGUUUGGAAAAUAUAACCUUUCAAAAGUUAUUACAAAGCGAUUUUUGUAUUGUAUUGUAAUUUAGUAAUAAAUAAAAACUCUACAAAAAUGGAAUGCCUGCUUGGUAUUAAAUUCGACGAUUUCGUUUUAGUUGCUGCCGAUAUGACUGCAGCCCAAAGCAUAAUUGUUAUGAAAACAGACGAAAAUAAGCUGUUCAAAUUGUCCAACAAGCUUGUUAUGGCUGUAUCCGGCGAGUCUGGUGAUACUACCCAAUUUGCUGAGUACAUUGCCAAGAAUAUUCAGUUGUAUAAAAUGAGAAACACCUACGAACUUAGCCCAUCAGAGGCGGCUUCGUUCACUCGUAGGAAUCUCGCCGAUGCCCUUAGAAGCAGAAGUCCUUAUCACGUAAAUUUGCUACUGGCUGGAUACGACGAGAAAGAAGGCCCUCAAUUAUACUACAUGGACUACUUGGCGUCGACCAUCAAAGUUAAUUACGCUGCUCACGGUUACGGAGGCUUCUUCUCGUUAUCUAUCAUGGAUAGAAACUACAGCAAAUCUCUAAGCAGAGAAGAAGGUUACGAGUUGCUAAAAAAAUGCGUGAAAGAAGUUCAGAAAAGAUUAAUCAUCAAUUUACCUAACUUUAAGGUACAGUGCGUCGGCAAAGAUGGUAUCACAGAUUUGCCCGACAUCACCCCCAAGGAUUUGGCUUAAUUGGGUCAAAAGUUUAUGUAUGCAUUUUUUCUAAUAAACAGUAAUUUUUACGUAUUUUGAAUAUAUUUCAUCUAUAAUCUAGUAGGUGCAUUUUUUCAAGAUAAAAACUAUUAUUUUUAGCUUGAAAUUUUCUAUGGUUCCUUUUAUUAGAAAAUAUAAAUUAAAAACAAUACAAAUUGUACUAAUUACAUAACAUAACAUUCUGAUUCCGGCUAAAACAAUUUUUUAGUGCGCAAAAAUAAUAAAAAAACAAAAAUUUCUUCCAAGAAACACCGAUACAAGUUCUCAUUGUAUGUUUUUUAUAAAAUAUUUUAUGGAUUAUUUAACUUUUUUAGCUUCCUGUUUAGCCGGUUCUUUCUUCUUUUCCUCGGCCUUCUCGUCGUCAGGAGAGUCUUCAUACCUACAAUAACAAGCGAAAGUAAUCCCCAAUUAUUCAGAAAAAUUCCAAUCCCACUCACUUAAACAUAGCAGUUAUGUCUCCUUUGAUCAAAGCCAAACACAGAGGCGUGCCUAUGCAGGCAGGAACUAAAUAGAGAAGGGCCGGUUGAGCGUGUUUAAACACAUGCAUAACAAAUAUCGUAGUCAUCAGUCCCAUAAAGUAAGCGAUCACGGAUGCAUUGAAGUAAGUUUUAGUUUGGCGCUUCAGACUGUUAUCGAAUCUCAACAGGAGGGCGAUAAAUAUACCAGGAAUUACAAUAUCGCCUAAACCUAGCAUAGCGAAGUUGUCGGCAGCCAGUCCGUUUUGCA